CGGGCGGGCAGGCGGGCGAGCGCGAGGGAGCGCGCGGCGGGCUCCUGGGAGCGUGCCCGGACUGCGGCGCUGCUCCAUUCGGCCGCCGGGCCCCGCGGAGCCCCCGAUCUGUGAGGCGCAGCUCCAGCGCGAGGCGGGUGCCUGCGACACUGCAGGGGUGGCGUAGCGGCUGGCACUCCGGAGCCUGUGCUAGCCAACGGCGGGAGGCCGGCACUGGAGCAGCCGAGCAGAGCCGGAGCCCGGAGUCGGACCCGCGGCCCCAGAGAGGAACCCGGGUCCCUGUCACUUCAGGGAACACCAUGGCCGUGGACGUGACAGAAUAUCAUCUGAGCGUCAUCAAGAGCCCCCCAGGCUGGGAGGUGGGUGUCUACGCAGCAGGGGCCCUGGCGCUGCUUGGAAUCGCAGCUGUGAGUCUGUGGAAGCUCUGGACAUCAGGGAGCUUCCCCAGCCCCUCCCCGUUCCCCAAUUACGACUACAGGUACCUGCAGCAAAAAUACGGAGAGGCCUACGUGGAGGCUAAGCUGAAGAGAGUCCCUCAGUGGACUGCCCAGCGGACCAACACUCGAGGACCAUCCAGCCGCAAAGGCAGCCUCAGUAUUGAGGACACCUUUGAGAGCAUCAGUGAGCUGGGACCCCUGGAGCUGAUGGGCCGGGAACUGGACCUAGCCCCCUAUGGUACUCUCCGCAAGUCACAGUCGGCUGACUCUCUGAAUUCCAUUUCUUCUGUGAGCAACACCUUUGGGCAGGAUUUCACAUUGGGCCAGGUGGAGGUGAGCAUGGACUACGAUGCGGCCUCCCACACCCUCCACGUGGCAGUGCUGCAAGGCAAGGACCUCCUGGAGCGGGAGGAGGCCACCUUCGAGUCCUGCUUCAUGCGCGUCAGUCUGCUGCCAGAUGAACAGAUUGUUGGCAUCUCCCGGAUCCAGAGGAAUGCCUAUUCCAUCUUCUUCGAUGAGAAGUUCUCUGUCCCCCUGGAUCCCACAGCCCUGGAGGAGAAGAGCCUUCGGUUUUCUGUGUUCGGCAUCGAUGAGGAUGAGCGGAACGUGAGCACCGGUGUGGUGGAACUGAAGCUGUCUGUUCUGGAUCUCCAGCUGCAGCCCUUCAGCGGCUGGCUAUACUUACAGGACCAGAAUAAGGCUGCUGAUGCUGUGGGAGAGAUCCUGCUGUCCCUCAGUUACCUGCCCACGGCUGAGCGUCUGACUGUGGUUGUGGUGAAAGCCAAGAAUCUUAUCUGGACCAAUGACAAGACCACAGCAGACCCCUUCGUCAAAGUGUACCUGCUGCAGGACGGGAGGAAAAUGAGCAAGAAGAAGACAGCUGUGAAGAGGGAUGACCCCAACCCGGUGUUCAACGAAGCCAUGAUCUUCUCGGUACCAGCCAUUGUGCUACAGGACCUGUCUCUCCGAGUGACAGUGGCUGAGAGCAGCAGUGAUGGCCGUGGGGACAACGUGGGGCAUGUCAUCAUUGGGCCAGCAGCCAGUGGCAUGGGCACCACACACUGGAACCAGAUGCUGGCCACGCUGCGCAGGCCUGUGUCCAUGUGGCACCCAGUCCGGCGAAACUAGCAGCCAGGGCAGGCCAGAUGGGCAGCAGAGCCACCAGAACCUGGCACCAUCUCAGUUCUAUCCAGUGAUGCCCUCUCCAUAGUCAGCUGGAGUAUGAACACCAGGGCUGCCCCACCUCCCACGGGGUCCUCAUCAGCCAUCUUGGAUCCUCUGUUCAGACUGUCAUGGAAGAAUGGGUGUGACUAUUCACCUGGGGACCUCGGGUAAUUUCCCCACUAAGGACUACCUGGAGCUGUCUGGGGACCCAGCAGACUGACCAACUCUGUACCAGAGAGCCUAACGAAGUAUGUCCCUUAGUCUACAGAGGUACAUGGGCUUCAGAGCUGGCCAACCACCCUUCUGCAAUUCUCGUAGAGGUCAGCUGUUAAUAAGUCUUGAGGGGCUAGUCCCUGUACUGACAGGGCUAACAUUAACAAGACAUAGCACCCAGGGUACCAUGCCAGGAAGUCAAGAUGGCCCUCUCCCAUCCUGGUUGUUCAGCUCAGUGCUGAUCAAGUAACCACCCAGCCAGAUGGACUUGGGAAAGAGCCUGGAGUCUGGGGAAACAGGGAGGCUGUCUCAGACAAGGAAGUAGCGGCACUUUGAGGGUUAGGGAAUCAACAGCGUCCAGAUUUAUCCAGGAGGGUAGUGGGGGUUGUGGUAAAUAGUCAGACAAUAGAAGGGACCUGAACUAGCCCAUCCCAAACACAGCCUCUGCCCACUGCAGUGGGGACAAGAAAAGGCCAGGAGACCAGGCUCAGCAGAAGCCUGAGGGCCACCUGAAGGCUCCCCUGACCCUCCCUGAGAGAACCAGAAGUCCCCAGGGGCCCAGAGCCAGGCUCUUGUGCUGAAUCCAGUGCAAAUCAGCACGGACCCACCAGUGUUGGUGGAUGUCCCUCCAGGCCAGGCCUCUCUUGGAAGGAAGCUCUCUGGCAGGCCUCAAUUCAACCCUAGGAAUACUGGGCGUCUUAGGUCAAGUUCCCUAACACUGAGACUUCAGGGAUAUUUAGCCUUAGUCUGGAGCUAGUAGAAACUCUGGGGAAAUGGUGUUCAGAAACCAAGGGUCGGGUUGUACUUCACCGCCAGAAUCAUUCAUUGACUCCCACCUGGUCAGAGUUAGAGGGGUUAUCACAUCUCUCCAGGUGUCAUAAAUGUCAUUUGAUAAUGGCAGUCCCAGAAAAGUGGUGGCUUUGGGCUUCUUCUCUCUGACACCUGCAGAUUUAAAAGGAGAGUGGCCAUGGGGAGUAACAAGAAGAGGGCUCUGCAGGCGGAUCUCUGUGAGUUCGAGGCCAGCCUGGUCUACAGAGCAAGAUUCAGGACAGGCACCAAAACUACACAGAGAAAGCCUGUCUCAAAAAAGAAGAAGAAGAAGAAGAAGAAGAAGAAGAAGAAGAAGAAGAAGAAGAAGAAGAAGCAGAGGUCUCCAGUGGCUGCCUCUGGUCCUUGGCCCUAACGAAUCAUGGAUACUCAGAUCCAGUCAGGAACCACGGAGACCCAGGUCUAAUCACUUGCCAUCAAUGACAAAGGGAAGGGUGGCUAGAACCGGGACACAGGUCAAUAGGACUGGAGGCAGGCACCUGCCACAACCAGACCCUACUGGAGCCAGGCUUCUCAGCCUGUGGCUAAGGUUAAGAGGUGAAUACUGGACGAGGGAUACUGGUGGCUGGGCCAGGCCUUGUCAUCUGGAAGCCCCGGACUCCUUCUAAUCCAGUGGCUUUGCAGGGCAGACCACAGCCCCCAACCUCCCCCCUUGUUCCUCCCUCUAUACUGCAUGAAACGUUGACAGUGUGCCCAGAUGGCUGGGGUGCCGACCAAGAAUGCUGACUGGAAUGAUUCUUGAACCAAAAUAAAGCUGGAGCAGGAAGGGGGCUUGCAGGGAGCCCUGCUCA